UAAAAUGUUAUUUUCUAUGUUUUCUGCAAUAACCUCUUGUUCAUUUUUCGGAACAGACUGAAAUUAUUGAGGGUAGAUGACAGUAGGCAGUUUCUCUUGCAGGCUCAUAUUCUCUGACAAGACAGCAGCCUGCUUUGUUUUGUUUUGAAUCAGUUGUUUUGGUCUUGUAUAUAUCCAUAACCCGUUUCCAUUUCGUUUAGCAAACAACAUGGCUGGUGGUGGAAGAGUUAAGGGACUUUCCAGUUCAUGUAUUCUUCUUAUAGUGAUUGCUGGAAUGGAGAGGUUUGCAUUCAAAGGAGUGGCAUCAAAUUUGGUGUCCUAUCUCACAGAUACAGUGAAAAUGAGCAAUUCUUCAGCAGCCAAGACAGUUAACAGUUGGUGUGGAUUCACUUCAAUGCUACCUCUGUUAGUGGCACCCUUGGCUGACUUGUAUUGGGAUAGGUAUUCAACCAUUUUGACCUCAUCUUUCCUCUAUGUUUUGGGUCUUGGAGCGGUGGCAUCGACAGCAAUGAUAUGGAGAUGGUCACCACCAAGCAACAAAAGCUCCCCAUCAUUCCUAUUUUGGUCUCUGUGUUUGAUUUCACUAGGCCAAGGUGCAUAUAACCCAUCUCUGCAAGCCUUUGGAGCUGAUCAACUAGACCAUGAUGAAGAACUACCCUCCAGCAAAGAUGACCAAACCUCAAACAAAAAGAGUAUGUUCUUUCAAUGGUGGUAUUUUGGUGUUUGUAGUGGGAGUCUCUUGGGUGUAAUACUUAUGUCCUACAUCCAAGACACCUUUGGUUGGGUCCUUGGAUUUGCCAUCCCCAUGAUUGCAAUGCUUACAUCAGUUGCAAUUUUCACAUGUGGUAGCCGAAUCCAUGCGUAUAAGCCAGAUAAAACAAUCGACGGUAAGCCCCUUCGGAACAUACUUCAGGCAAUCAAAGUGACAGCAUCAAAGCUUGUCAAUGGCAGAAUCAGAGUCAGCUUACCAGAUGAAGAGCCUGAUACAGUGGAGCUUGAGCUUCAAGAGAAACCUCUCUGUGAUCAAAAGUUUGGCAGCAACGGUGGUUUCGACGGCAACCCGAGAAAUGAUACUUACCUGCUUGAAAAUGCAAAAGUAGUACUCAGGCUUUUGCCGAUAUGGGUAAUGCUUCUUAUGUUUGCUGUAAUUUUCCAACAACCUGCGACAUUUUUUACAAAACAAGGCAUGACAAUGAAAAGGAAUAUGGGUAGGAACUUCAAGAUCCCACCAGCAACACUACAAAGUGCAAUUACAUUGUCUAUAAUUCUAAUGAUGCCUUUAUACGAAAAUGUUUUAAUCCCAAUCACCCAGAUUUUUACUCGAAAUAGAAAAGGCAUUACUGUAUUGCAGAGGAUGGGAGUCGGCAUGUUUCUUUCCAUCAUUGCUAUGAUCAUAGCUGCAGUUGUCGAAACCAAGAGGCUCGAGAUCAGCAGGAAGAUGAGUUCCCUACAAUCAGAAACAGUAACACUAAGCAUCUUUUGGUUGCUUCCUCAAUAUGUUAUUCUAGGAAUUUCAGAUAUUUUCACAGUAGUUGGGAUGCAAGAGUUCUUCUACAAUGAAGUACCUGUUAGGAUGCAAACAAUGGGGUUCGCCCUUUACACCAGUGUUUUCGGGCUUGGAAGUUUCCUGAGCGCCUUGAUGAUUUCAGUCAUCGAAGCCUUCACAGGCUCAGAAGGAAGACAAAGUUGGUUCUCUAAUGACAUGAGAGAAGACGGACUCGACAAAUACUACUGGCUUUUAGCAUUAACAAGUGCAUUAAGUUUACUAUUCUAUGCAAUUUUCUGCACGUUUUAUACAACUAGAAGUGAACUCGAAAAUGGAAACUGUAAAUAAGCUUUUCUCUAUUUGAUCUGUUUGAUACAAUUUUGCUGCAAUGGUUUCUGUUGAAAUAGAAAUAACAGAAUUUUCUUUUCUG